CUGUAAACCGCGAGUCCACGCAGAAGCUGCACGCGAUGACGCGCAUGUGCAGAUAGACGCUUCGGUAGAGCUGACUAUAGUGCCGCCGCUCAGGUUCGAGCCUCCAUGGCGGCCGCGUCGCUGACCAAGCGCUGCGGGACGGAGCCAGCUCGGAGGCGCGCCGCCGCGGACCCGCGCAGGAGGCAGGCGGCGCUUUCCUUCCUCAGCAGCAUUUCUCUGGAUGGGCGGCCCGUGCGCGAGGACGGGGACGCGCACAUAGAUGAUGAGCGAGACCGGAGCUCCGUGCCCGCUGCAGAGGAGGAGGAGGAAGAAGAGGAGGAGGAGGAGGAAGAGGAGCACGAGGCGGAGGAGGAGGAGGAGGCCCCGGUUCCGGUACCAAACAGGCGCGCGAGCUUUGCCUUAGGCACGAGCCCCCCGGUGGACACGCCGGUCCUGAACGCGCAGGUCUUCGGCUCGCCGUUUUCCGUCGCGCGCGGCCGCCUGCACACUUUUACUCAGGGACUCCCGAGCAGCGCAUCCUGCAGGGGGCAAGUACCGUGCUGCACCGAGGGGGGUCACAUCAGCACCUCCGCCUUCGACCUCCAGAAAUCCAGGCGGAGGCUGAUUUCCCAGCGCUCUUCUCUGGAGACUCUGGAGGACAUCGAGGAGAACGCCCCCCUGCGCAGAUGCAGAACCUUAUCUGGUUCACCCCGACCAAAGAGCUUCAAGAAGGUUCACUUCAUCAAGAACAUGAGACAGCAUGAUAUCCAGAACGGGAGGAUAGUGCUUAUCAGUGGCAGAAGAUCCUUCUAUAGUGUAUUUUCUGUCCUGCCCUAUCGAGAUUGUAGCCAAACAGGGGACGGAGUGAAGGUGGAGAGCGGGCGGCAGAGACACCCGUCGGGGGGCGUCAGUGCUAAGGAGAUGGUGAUCGGACUCGAGGGCGUGGAACUAGGUGCUGAUGGCAAGACUGUUUCCUACAUGCAGUUUAUGUACCCCACCAACGUCCUGGGCCGCCGCAACACCAUCGACUCGACGUCGUCGUUCUCUCAGUCCCGCAAUGCCAGCCACCGCAGCCUCAUCCUGGCACGCGCCAACAGCCAGCAGAGCAGCCUGGACAUGGGGAACGAGCUGGUCGAUUUCAGGGAGUACGACCCCAACCUUCUAGACGAUCCUCAGUGGCCGUGUGGGAAACAUAAACGCGUGCUCAUCUUUCCUUCAUACAUGACCACAGUGAUCGAGUACGUCAAGCCCUCAGACCUGAAGAAGGACAUGAACGAGACGUUUAAGGAGAAGUUCCCUCACAUUCGCCUCACGCUGAGCAAAAUCAGGAGCCUGAAGAGGGAGAUCAGGAAGCUGGCGCAGGAGUGCGCGUUCGAGGAGCCCACCGUCGCCAUGGCCUUCGUUUAUUUUGAGAAGCUGGUGCUGCAGGGCAAACUCAACAAGCAGAACCGCAAACUGUGCGCCGGCGCCUGCGUCCUUCUGGCCGCCAAGAUCGGCGGGGACCUCAAGAAGCACGAGGUCAAGCUGCUGAUCGACAAACUGGAGGAGAGGUUUCGGGUGAACCGCCGCGAGCUGAUCGCCUUCGAGUUCCCGGUCCUGGUGGCGCUGGAGUUCAACCUUCACCUGCCCGAGCACGAGGUCAUGCCACACUACAGACGCCUCCUGCAGAACUCCUAGCAGCAGCUCUUCGUCAGGAGAGACGCCCCGCGACACACCGUUACCCCUCCGCUCGCCCUCUCUCCUGAUCCGACCCGAACAGAAGCGCUAUGCAUCGGAACACUCAGAACGUAAACAAAACACUUCUCAGCCAAAGUGACGAUCGUUUUCUACGUUUGCUCCAGGUUGGAUUCGAUUUCUGUCCUGCGCGGUUACGACGCAGGUUCGGUUCGAAUAGACUUUUAUUACUGACUGUUUGAUUUGUAUCAAAGCUUCUGCAGUCACCUUAAACUCACAACUUAUCAUCCAAUUUCUGCCACAUCAACAGGGGUGGGCAAAUCAUAAACCCACAUAAAAAAAGUAAGCUACAUGUGCGAACCUGAAAGUGCAAAUCUGUACCUGCUUAGAUAGAUUCUUAGAAGCACUAAUACUUAACAUGUCAUAUAAGAUAUGAAUAAUAAAUAAUGAAUGAGAACCUCUCACCUCUACAACUGAGAAAAUAAAAAGCAUUUUAUUAGUUCUCAGAAAAUUCAAAGUCGACAAACAAAAAUAACUAAAAAACUAAAAAAUAAAUAGUGUUAACUACAAUAAAUAAAAAAAAUAAUGAAAUAAAAGAGGAAAUAAAAUAACAUCUUUGUUAAACGUCUCACAAUUUUGGCUUUCUGAAUACACACUAUACGGCCAAAAGUAUUUGGACACCUGAUUAGGCUUUUCCGACGUCCCAUUCAAAAACAAAUGCUAUUACAAUAGAGUGACCUCUGUGUGAUCUUCUCACAAGAAUUUAGAGUAUGUCUGUGGGAAUUUGUGCCCAUUCAGUAAAAAGAUGACAGCAUUUGAAUAGCUGGUCACUGAUAGUCUUUCCAAAGCUGUUCAGUGAAGCUGAUGUCCUAUUAGAUGUAGUAUUUUUUAAAGAAAUUAUUCAAAUAAAAACUAAAAUAUAUAAGGACAAAUAUAAAAAUUGGGACACGUGGGCUUGUGAUUGGUCCAUCCCUGAUUCUUUUUCUUCAUCCUAAAGGGAACACUGCAUGCUUCAUAGCCUUAAACUCAGCCUCGUAAUGGACGCGACUGUUCAUCCUGUUCAUUCACUAUAAGUGCACUUUUUUGGUUAGUGGGAACCUUAACGGACUGGAUCAUUUUAUUUCUUCCUAAAAUUCAUCCUAACCAGCAUUCCAUGUCUUAUAACGACCAUCGAGCGGGACCGACUUCAGGACUUUUUCUACGUUCAUGCCUCGCCGUUCAUUUCUGUUCUUUUGUACUUGGCGGGGGGUUUCCGGUUUUCGGUGGCCGCUGUGGUCACGCCGUGUCCGUGCUCUAUGUUAGAGUGUCUCUCAGCACGUUUGUUGUGCUACGCUGGAGCUACGAAAUGUCGCCAGUCAGGACACCGAGGUGGGCAGGCGGUCGUCAUGCCUGAUGUGUUAAUGCAGUGUUAAUCAGAGCUGGGUGAUGCAGGAGAAUUUAAAUGUGGAGAUUUUAGUUGUCAUAGGUAGGGUGACCAUAUUUUGGUUUUCAAAAGAGGACACUCAGCAGGAUGGCAGAUAUUUGACAAAUGCAUCAAUAACCAUGCAACUAUGUUAUUGAAUUUUUUAACAAGUCAACUAACAAAGGCACUUUUAUUUAACACUGAUACGUACAGUACAUAUCAGCUUUGCAGGUCGUGCGUUCUGCUUCCCAAGGUUCCCGACCAAGACAAAAACACAGUACAGAAACAAGUACAGAGCCCCUGUACCCACGGUUUAGUAACCCGUACUCGUACUGUACCCUCAACUUAGCAAAAAAAAAAUCUUAUUCUCAGAUUUAUAAUCUGUUAUAUAUACUAUAGUGUUAUAGUAUAUAAUCUGUUAUAUAAUCUGUUAUGUAUGUAUUAUAGUUAAUACAUACAUAAGCAAUAAUACAUAUAAAUACAUGUAUCAUCAAAUAUUAAAGUUUUAUACGUAGUAUGUGGCCACGAAUGCACUGCUUAUGAAGGUCACAGAUUUGAAAUCUGAGAGUAAGAUUUACAAAACCGUGAGCACCGUUUUGCCAAGUUGAGGGUACAGUUUAUACAUCUGUGGGUAGAGUUUAUAAACUGGGAGUACGGAUUACUAAACCCUGGGUACAGGUUUUGCUCUUCACAUAUUUUUUCUUCAUUAGUGACCCCUAAGAGGCUCCAUAUUUAAGAGAAGUGCAAGACGGUGGGACCUAAAAAAACACGCAAAGAAUAGUGCACACAGACUACAAAAGCCGAAUUUAGAAAUCCCGACCGGACUCAUUUUUUAGGUCCAAAAUAGAGGACGUGUCCAGGAAAAAGAGGACGCAUGGUCACCCUACAUUUUCAGUAUUUAGCAGAAGCUUUUAUCCAGAGCGACUUGCAGUAUACAGUCUAGGUACUCAAGGGUCCAACAGUGGCUACCUGGCAGGUGUGGGGCUUGAAUCAGCAUCCUUCUGAUUACUAGUCCAGUACCUUAACCGCUAGGCUACAACUGCCUGGUUAUAGUAUUAUAUUGUUAUAGUACAGUCGUAUCAAUGCAAAGUUAGACUGUUUAAUCUAAUUAUGCUUUUAUUCACAUUUGCAGGUAUUAAUAAUAAUCACCCAGCUCUGGUGUUCACUGUAUCACAGACCUGAACGGUAUUAUCAGACGGUCCAGUUUUGAUUUGGACCGGUCAUUUCUACAAUCUGUUUUCCUCUAAGUAACAAACCCUAAACAUUAGAGACCUGAUCGUUCCUUAAUGGCUUUAUAAAUCACUAAAACUCAAGACACAUUUCAGAUGUUUAAUUUUAACCGACUGUGUUAACUGUGUCACUAUAAUCACUAUCAGCUACCGGAUGCUAUUUUUAUAGCAAAGCGAUUCAUUAAAUGAUCACAGAUGCUGAAUCCAUGUUGUAAAUAAACACUAAUGAAACAUUAAGAACUCCAGCAGUGGUUGGACAGAACACGGAAACAUUCACGUCUUUAUACGGAGUUACAUUUCAGUUCCAGACCUGAUGACAGAAUGAAGACUGAAAAUUGGGGCUCCAAGAUGUAUUUUAAAUAAAAAUAUCUGGUUUACUAACAGCAAUUUGUGCAACAGAGCAAAAUCUGUAUUGUUUUUAUUUUUAAACAAAUAGACUUUGAAUGUAAGACACCCUGUUAUUUAUUCAUUGUCUGUUUUAGCACUGCUUUAUCCUGGUCAGGGUUGCAGUGGGUCUAAUUCAUUGGGCGAAAGGUAGAAAACACCUCAUACAGGUGAAUCAGAGCGAACACACACACACACACGGGUUAAUUCUUUUUCUUCUGACUUCUUGGGAGGAAACCGGAUCACCCGGAAGAAACCCAUACGGACACUGGGAGAACAUGCAAACUCCACACAGAAAGAAUUGAACCCAGGCCCUUCUCGCUGUGAGGCAACAGCGCCGCCCGUGAAUUAGAAAUACAGAAAAUACAGUUUGUUUGUUUUUUAUUUUAAAGCUGAUUUGGAUUGUAGGCUCAAUAAACAGGCAUAACCUGUUACCUUCUGAACAUGUGUGUAAAAUAUGAACACGUGUGUAAAUAUAACGGCCUGCUUGAUGAAUAAAAUGCAAAGGAAAUCAC